AUGACCCGGUGGGACGAGGAAGUAACCUCGCCGACGCGACGAGAACACCUAAGCCAGGGCCGUGAAGUCAUGGAAUAUCACGGUGGGACCAAUCAAAUGACGAUCUUGAGCGAGGUCCUAGGAAGGUUGCGCCCGAAGAGAUUCGUUCGAAUAGUCUUGAGCGAUACCCUCCCCUCGAUGCCGAACGUCUGUUCGACCCUUCGGCCCGAUUUGACGCGAAUGGACAAAGUAGACAGGGAGUAUUUAAAGAAAAAGCGAGCCUUUGACUUUCCACCGCGACACGUCUGCGACCGGUUCUUGCGUCUUUAUUUUGACUGUGUGUAUCCGUAUGCACCGAUCUUCGACCGCGUGGAGUUCGUGCAGCAGUACAAGAAUGGCAGCUACUCAGCGUUUUUAUUGCAAGCCAUAUUGGCCUGCGUGGCAUCCUAUGCCUCGUCACAACUCAUCCGGGAAGCUGGGUUUUCAGAUCACGUCACGGCCCAAAGGACCUUUUUCUUGCGAGCGAGCUUACUUUGCGACCUCAAGGCGGAAUGCCAACAAUUACGAUUGUUACAGGGAUCCCUCGUCCUAAGUCUCCUAAACUUCACCUUCGCCAUCGACAAAGAUUACCGCUACUGGCUUUCCAAUGCGGUGCGUAUCGCGACUCAAAUGGGCCUCCACCAGGACAAUGUAGCAAAGGAUUUAGACACAGGUACGAGGACACUCUUCCGUCGCCUGUGGUGGGUUAUUUACAACCGAGACGCCCUACUGGUCUCCAGCGGUCUCGACAACGCACGGCGGAUACACGACAGCGACUUUGAUACCUCGGAGUUGGAACUGUCUGAUUGGCCAGAAGAGAACAUUACCGAAGACGUUGCAGACGUCUUGCGCCCAAUAUCACGAUUGCAAAAGCUUUUCCUUAUUGAGAGCUGUGCACACUACGUACAAACAUCGCGUUUCUCAGAGACAGCAUUGACGAAAGGGUGGCCUGAGCUGGAGGGUUCUCUCGCCACAUGGCGGAUGCAACUCCCUGCUGAGAUGCGGACCGAAGGUGUCUAUGACUGGUGCCAGACCAACAUUUGGCCCUUGGUUCUCAUGGCGAGGUGCUACUUGUUGGAGUGCAUCGUUUACCGGGUUCUCCGGGAUAGUUUCCGUGCUUCGGGAGAUGCCCCUCUGGCUGAUCGUUCAGCGCGCCGGCUUCAAACGGCGAUGUUCGAGCUGGACUCAAUUCUAGACAGAAUUAUGCUCCACAACCUUGCUCGGUACUGCCCUUUGUAUAUGAUGAACUGCACUUCCACUCUCCUCGCUCUCCAUAUCGAGACAGCGCUCCAUCAAUCGGCCAGCGAAGAGGAUCGUCUGGCUGCACGCAUCCGCAUUCACCAAGCGCAAAAGUACCUCCGUGGCUUGUCUGAUUAUUGGAGUUCUAUCAAAUGGGCUCAGCGACUGUUUGAGGUGAUAGUAUCGCGUACAGGCCUCUCUCUUGUAGUCCCACCGCAGCCGAUAUUCGACCUUCAUUCUUCUAAUCCAUUCAACCCUGGCGGGAGGAACAACGGCAACCUUGCAAGUGGCAAAGUCGGAGAUGCCGCGGCUGAGCUUAGCAACAAUAAUAGUCCGAGAGAGCGUCCAGACGCGCUCCCCAGCCCGGCGACUUCACCAUCUUUCAUCGAUUUUGUGGACAUUGACGACACACUCGGCAAUAUGAUGGGUAGAUACGCCGAAGACUGGCUUCAGGACCUCUUCGGUGAUGAUUUUGGUGCGUUGGACGAACAGUGGUCGAGCACGCAGUAA